AUGGACACCGUACAGUCGCGUCGCAAAUGGUGGCGCGUCCAGUGGUUCGCGGACCAGGACACGAAGGAAGAACGGAAGUUGAUCCUGAAACUGGACUUGUUGAUCGUGCCGUAUGCUUUUCUGGCCUAUUGGACGAAGUAUAUCGAUCAGGCGAAUAUUAAUAAUGCCUACGUCUCCGGUCUCCAGGAAGACAUCGGCCUGCAGGGCAACGAGCUCGUUCAUCUCCAAACUAUCUAUACGGUCGGCGCUGUGGUCGGUCAGAUUCCCUUUGCGUAUCUGUUCACGAAGUUUCCCAUGUCGUGGCUCAUUCCAGCUUUGGAUAUCUGCUGGGGCAUUUUCACUCUGUUGCAGUAUCGGGUGACUGGGUAUGGGGAGUUGAUGGCAUACAGGUUUUUGGUGGGUUGGUUUGAGGCUGCCUUCUUUCCCGGAAUGCAUUAUAUAUUCGGAGCCUGGUAUCGAGGCGACGAGAUUGCCCGUCGAGGCGGCUGUUUCUACGUCGGUCUCACCCUGGGCACCCUAACAGCCAGUCUCAUCCAAGCCGGCACAUCAGCACGCCUAGACGGCGUACACGGCCUCGCCGGCUGGCGCUGGAUGUACAUCAUCUGCGCCAUCAUCACCAUUCCCAUCGGCAUCCUCGGCUACUUCAUCCUCCCCGGCACGCCCGACAAGCCGAACCGUAUCGUCAUCAACGACACCGACCUCGCCCUAUCCAAGACCCGCCUCCACCGCGCCGGCCACCACUUCUCCGGCCGCUUCACCUGGUCCACCAUCACCUCCGUGCUCUCCAACUGGCGCUUCUGGGCCCUUCUCCUCCUUGAUGUCUUCUUCUGGAACGCGUGUCUGAACACCAACGCCGGCGGGUACCUCCUGUGGCUGAAGUCCCUCGACCGGUUCUCCACGAGCCGUCUGAAUGAACUCGCCGCUGUCUCUCCUGCCCUGGGUAUCUUUUAUACCCUGUUUAUCUGCUUCGCAUCGGACCUGCUCUUCAGCCCUGCCUGGGCCAUCACCGUCGCGCAUGUCUGGAACGCCAUCGGCUUGGUUAUCUUGGUGGUUUGGAACGUACGGGAGUCGGCGCUGUGGUUCGGUUUCUUGACUACCUACUCGGCCGUCGCCAUGUCAAGCGUGCUGUAUGGUUGGGUGAAUACGCUGCUGAGGUAUUCGCCCGUUGAGCGUGCCGUUACGCUCGUGGCCAUCAAUACCAUCGCACAGUCAACCACCGUCUGGACUCAGCUGCUGGUGUUCAAGACCGUUGAGGCACCCCGCUUCGCGAAAGGAUAUUCGUUUGUGUUGGCGAAUGCGGUGUGUUUGAUUGCGACGGCGCAUGCGAUUCAGUUCUUUAUUCGGAGGUAG